AUGGAAGCAAAGAAUCUGGAAGCAAAGAGUCUAGAAGCAAAGAGUCUGGAAGCAAAGAGUCCGGACACAAAGGAUCUGGAAGCAAAGAGUCUGGAAGUAAUGAAUUUGGAAGCAAAGAGUCCGGAAACAAAGGAUCUGGAAGCAAAGAGUCCGGAAACAAAGGAUCUGGAAGCAAAGAGUCCGGAAACAAAGAAUCUGGAAGCAAAGAGUCCGGAAACAAAGGAUCUGGAAGCAAAGAGUCCGGAAACAAAGGAUCUGGAAGCAAAGAGUCCGGAAGCAAAGAGUCUGGAAGCAAAGAGUCCGGAAACAAAGGAUCUGGAAGCAAAGAGUCUGGAAGCAAAGGAUCUGGAAGCAAAGAGUCCGGAAACAAAGGAUCUGGAAGCAAAGAGUCCGGAAACAAAGGAUCUGGAAGCAAAGAGUCCGGAAACAAAGGAUCUGGAAGCAAAGAGUCCGGAAACAAAGGAUCUGGAAGCAAAGAGUCCGGAAACAAAGGAUCAGGAAGCAAAGAGUCAGGAAGCAAAGAGUCUGGAAGUAAUGAAUUUGGAAGCAAAGAGUCCGCAAGCAAAGACUCUGCAAGCAAAGAGUCUGGAAGCAAAGAGUCCGGAAACAAAGGAACUGGAAGCAAAGAGUCUGGAAGUAAUGAAUUUGGAAGCAAAGAGUCCGCAAGCAAAGACUCUGCAAGCAAAGAGUCUGGAAGCAAAGAGUCUGGAAACAAAGGAUCUGGAAGCAAAGAGUCUGGAAGUAAUGAAUUUGGAAGCAAAGAGUCCGGAAACAAAGGAUCUGGAAGCAAAGAGUCUGGAAGUAAGGAAUUUGGAAGCAAAGAGUCCGGAAACAAAGUAUCUGGAAGUAAUGAAUUCGGAAGCAAAGAGUCCGGAAACAAAGAUUCUGCAUGCAAAGAGUCAGGAAGCAAAGAGUCUGCAAGUAAAGAGUCUGGAAGCAAAGAGUCAGGAAGCAAAGAGUCUGCAAGCAAAGAGUCAGGAAGCAAAGAGUCUGGAAGCAAAGAGUCUGCAAGCAAAGAGUCAGGAAGCAAAGAGUCUGCAAGCAAAGAGUCUGCAAGCAAAGAGUCAGGAAGCAAAGAGUCAGGAAGCAAAGAGUCUGCAAGCAAAGAGUCUGGAAGCAAAGAGUCAGGAAGCAAAGAGUCUGCAAGCAAAGAGUCUGCAAGCAAAGAGUCAGGAAGCAAAGAGUCAGGAAGCAAAGAGUCUGGAGACGGAGGUGGAGACGGUGGAGACGGAGGUGGAGACGGUGGAGACGGAGGUGAAGACGGAGGUGGAGACGGAGGUGGAGACGUGUGCCCCGUAUGGUCCUGAAGAGAUGCCUUGUGCUCCUGGAACGGUCUGGAACCAACAGAAACUCACCUGUGAUCACGAAUGGGCUUCUCCGUGUGUGACAGGCAGCUACUUGACUCCGGAAGGUCUGCCAUGUGGAGGAGCUAGUAACGUGAAUGAGGGUGGAAGCGGUGGAAACGGAGAUGGAGGUGGUGACAUCUGUCAGGAUGAAAUGAGUGCCUGUAGAUUCUGGGCUGCCAAUAAUGACUGUUACUGCAAGCCAACCGAUGGGGAUUGUUCAUGGCAAGAAUAUGUUGCCAAGACAUGUCCCAAGAGUUGUGGAACAUGUAAUGAAGUGUGCCCCGUAUGGUCCUGA